GAAUUUGUGGGUGCUAUUUAAAGGCUGACUCGGGAGAGGUUGUUAGGUUAUAGGUUAAAAUGCAAAAUAAAUUGUGCUACCUACUUAAAUUUCGUUUAUUUCAAAAACACAAGUAACCGCCGUUUAGUUUUUGUGAUCAAAAUAACAUACUAAAUUGAUCUCAACCAUAAAUUUGAUGACAGGUAUACGGUUCCUAUUGCAAUCUACUCUGCAGAAUAUUAGUAGCCUAUCACAAAUAAUAGACAUCAAUAGGCAAGUCAACGAUUAUAGACAGUUAAUUGGACACCAGGAUGCUACAAAAAUUGGAGAAUUUUCCAGCAGAACUAUGCUGUUUUAUAUGUGGAGAAAAUCACUACGAUGAGGAUAAUUAUGGCGCUGUCUAUAAACUUGGUCACAUUACACUCCAUUACUUCUGUCUACUGAUGUCAUCAGACCUUAUUCAAUGUGGAUCCGACAGUGAAGGCAUUCUGGGGUUCCUGCCUCAGGACAUCAAAAGUGUGGUCAAGAAAUCGAAAAAGGCCAUUUGUGUAAUCUGUGAAGACGCGGGUGCCAGUGUGCGUUGUUCGAAAUGCAAUGCAAUGUUUCAUUUUCCUUGUGGCAUCAAGAAAGGCUCAUCGCACCAGUUUUUCGGUCAGUUCAAAUCGCUGUGUCCCGAACAUCGGGUGCGACAGAGAAUUCCGAAGAACAUAGCGGAUGAACUCGCACUCACGGGUGCGGUUUGCAUCAUCUGUUUGGAAACUGUGUCACUAGAUGGCAACAAUUACAUCUGGGCGACGUGCUGUAGGAAGAAUGGAGUGUUCCACAGAGGCUGCCUGCAAAGAAUGGCGUGCAGCUUCGGAAGUUACACACUCAAAUGUCCUCUUUGCAACAAUAAGCGGAAAUUUGUGCAGAGUAUCAUGCAGCAUGGCAUCUAUGUGCCGCACCAGGAUGCGUCAUGGGAGAAGCCGAACGCCUUCAAUGAACUGUUGGAACGCUACCAGCACUGUGACACUGAAGCCUGCCUGUGUCCCGAGGGCAGGCGGUUCAACAAACAUCCUUGGCAAAUGUUGCUAUGCACUGAUUGUGGCUCCCAAGGUGUGCAUAAUAAUUGUCUUCCCUCCAACUAUUCCUAUUCUGAAUGGAAGUGUGAUAUUUGCAGCAACGUCAACUCUGACCAACAUUUACCAAAUCCUGUUGAAGAUAGCUUUAACGGCAACCGUGUAAAUAGCAGUAAUGAUGUGAUCAAUAGUUGUCAAAGUCACACUUCAUCAAGUUCUGCAACUACAGUACAAACAACUAUUCCUGCUUUUGUUGAUGGUCGAAGAUUAAGACUCCUACAACCAAUAUUGAAAUUAAUAAGGAUUGAUGAAAGUUCUUCAUCAAAUUGUAAAACUGCACUGAAAACAACUAUUCCCGCUUCUACUGUUAGCCAAAGUGAAGAAGGCCCGCCACAACUAUUGAAAAUGAGAAGAAUUGAUGAAACUUUAACUUUGAAUCAAAGGAAAACUGAUGAUAUAGAUGUGGAACAAAUUAAAAAUGAUGAAAGAAUAAUCAAAGUUGAAGAAGGAGAACUUGAAGAAAAGGAUAUUGAUGAAAGUUUAACUUCGAAUCAAAGAAGAACUGAUGAAAUUGCAGUUGAACAACAAAAGAUUGAUGAAAGUUCAACUUUCAAUCAAAGACGAACUGAUGAAAAAACAGCUGUAGAACAGAUGAAAAUUGAUGAAAGAAAAAUCAAAGUUGAAGAAGGACAAUUUGAAGAAAAGGAAGUAGAUGAAAGUUCAACUUUGAAUGCAAAAUCAUCACAUAAUAUUGCUUCCAACUUGAAACUAGUCAAAUCUAAAGGAACAUCACAUCUGAAACGCAGAAAAGUGGAGGAAAAAUAUUUUGGAUCUGACAAUCAGCAAGACCUACAAUCUCAGCCGAAUGAAAAGCCUGAAAGAUGCAAUAUUGCCAAAAGAAAGCAUUUGAUGCUUCAUGCUGACGAUCACGGCAAAUACAUGGAGAGAAAACUGGCAAAGACGCGACAGUUCACGGACGUUACUGUGACAAUUACAGGGCGAGGUCGUGCCGAAAGUUGUUUGAAAAACAUCGAGGAAACAUUGAAAGAGGCCUGCGUGAGUGUUAUCUUUCUAGGUAGUGAGGAUGUAGCUAAGAACGAAUCACAAAAAUAUCUUUCAGCAGUUCAUAAACUGGUCUCCCGAAACAAGGAUGCAAAAUUUGUUGUCGUAGAUUUGCCGGUACGAUACGACAGGCCACGUUGGUGCUUUAUCAACAGAAAUAUCAGGGAAACUAACAAGAAACUGAGAAAAAUUAUGGCUCAUUUAGAUAAUGUCAGGCUGGUUGAUCUCAGUAUGGUGGGACGUUCAUACCAUGAUAUUUAUGGUCAAUACUUGAAUUAUUAUGGUAAAAUUUGGCUUGUGUGGCAAAUUUGCAUUGCGGCAAGACAAUUAUUGCUAGAUUAAACUAAACUUUUCACAAUGAAGAAAAGGUUCAUAAUACAUGGUUAUUCUUAAUGAUGGACCCAUUUUGUAAAUUCAUAAUUUCUACUCAAGUACUUAUCCAAAAUGAAUAAUCUACACAACAAUUGAGAGGGAAAAUUCAAAGUUUUCUUGGCAAUAAUCAACUUGGGCCCCUAUAAAACCAGACAACCAGCCGGGUUAGGUUAAACCAACAAACUAACCGAACCUAACCUAUGAAACGUGGCAGCUGGGCAGCCAAGUCGCCCUCUCCGUCCGGGUAUUGUAUUUUAAACUUUUAAACUUAGACUAGAAGUGAGCGACUGCUGGCUGUCAUGUCUGAUGCGGCAUCCACACAUUUGCCCAAUGAAGUCCAACGUCAAUGUGUAGAUGGGUGGUUUGCCAGUGCUGGUCUAGAUGUGGACUAGUCAUAAUAGGGUCCAAAGUUAAUUGCCCAAAAAAACUAUGGAAUUGUAUCUCUUCAUUGAUGUGAAGAUUGCUAAUUUUGGAUAAGAACUUUUCAAAAAUGGGUCCAACAUUUAGAAUAAUUCUGUAUUAUUGUGAUAACUAUCUUGUAGAAGUAGCUCUACAGUAUGUAUCUGUAGAAUGCAUAAUAAAUUAAUAUUUUUACACUAUCUUACAACAGAUCAACAUAAAACGUGCUCGUUUUGAGCGGUCGUUUUUCUAUAUUAACUGUAUUUUUA